AUGGAUAGAGGGCCAUUGGAAUCAACGAUUCGUCUCCUCGGCCGCAUGACCGACUCGGAGCAUGACUUCUUGCUCAGCACUCUCCAAGACAGUCAUCCCGAAGUCCACUGCGUCCACGAUGAUGGCAAGUGGCACUUGCUUUCUCACUAUACUCAUGUCCUCGGCGAGCAGAUGCUAGUCAAUGAUUUAGACUAUCUGAUUCGGAGGAAAGCAUUGUCCUUGCCAUGCUCUCAUAUCCGAGACGAGCUCUUCGCCAACUUCUUGCGCUAUGUUUAUCCUUUGACUCCAUUCCUCGACAUUGACGAUUUCUACACUCGAAACAUGGAUGGCGAAAGCAUGCGGCCCGUGGAUGGUAGCCUUUUGCUGACACAAGCCAUUUUAUAUGCUGGAUCGCAGUUUACCGAUCUUUCGACCUUUCAAGAGCUUGGUUUUGACACUAGGCGAGAGGCCUGUCAGCACUUCCGUGAGAACGUCAGAGUAGAGAACCCCGACCCCAUUAUUCAAUGCCUGGGAAUCGACACGAAUGCAUUUUCGAACAUCUCGGCAUGUCUUGUGAUGAGUGACUGGCCAUACGACACUGGAGAAGAAGAGACGAACCACCGGUACUGGAUCGACCAAGCGGUGUCAUUGGCUUUCCGAAUGGGUCUUCACAAGCGAAACCCAGAUUGCCGAAGUGAAUCGAGCCGAGACAAACUCCAGAGACGUCUCUGGUGGUCGUGCUACACUAAGGAUCGGCUUUCUUCAUUCCCCCAUCUGGAACGAUCGCGAAUCAUGGACACGGAAUAUGAUAUUCCUCCCCUCAAAUCUCAAGAUUUCGCAGAAGCUAUCUACCAUCCCAAGAUCCGGAUCGUGGCCGAGGACUUUGUUGAUGAAUACAAUGCUCUUGUUCAGGGUUCCGUCCAACUGGCAAGGCUUUGCAUCGUGCUUGGUAGGGUCGUCGAAACGUUUCCAAUCACUGCUUCCCUACUACGGAAAGGUCGGCGCGGCCGAGUCUCAAGAACCAGCAAUUCCAAGAAGGGAGUCUCCCCUGUCUCCGGGGCAGAAGUGAUUCAGUGCAAACGAGCCUUGACGGUUGAGGAUGAAAAAGAGCUCAAAACCUUGAUCUGUAUUCCCUGUACAAGUGGCAGACUCCAGCUCAUCCAGUCAUCAUUCUCGCGCAUAAUCUGUGGCGUUUGUCUGUGUGUUGCGUGCAACUGGCCCAAUGACAGCAACGCGAAUAUCACCAACCAUGACUACCAACAAGAGAAGAGCGUCAAAAAGACACCAGGCAGAGCGCGAGCGCAGUCUAUAGUAUCGUUGUCUCGUUUACUUGGUGAGCUCUUCCGGAAAGACCUUUUGCUUUAUCUCCCGCCUCAAGCGGCUGGUUUCCUCAAUACUGCGGUUAGGUUACACCAUCCCCAGGGCACGACAUCGAGUCGACACAGCAUCAAAGCCAUGCAAGGCCUGAAAACGCUCAUACAGGCCGUAAAAAUCCUGGGCGCUCGAUACCAAAGGCAGCUUGAAGGAUGUGAUGACGCUCUGGUGGGGACCGUCGCCACGGGCUUGACUCGUGCGCGAUCGGAAGAGCAUCAGUCAAUGCACGGUUUCCCAGAGCAGACCAUUUCGCCGCAGUGGCUGACCGUAGCUACACCUACGGUCUGA